CACAUUCGGUAAGCGUUCUGAGGAUCCUGGCUAAGUUUGGAGAAAAAAAACUGCCCCACCUUAUUAUUGAAUGAGAGCAGGAUUUGAACCACAUGCACAUUCCUCACGUUGUUCGUUUUUCUUUUUCACUCACGACUUCUUGAAACUAAGAUGAUGUUUCAACCUUUGCAAAUUGUAACAGUAUUCAUCGUCGGUGCAUAUGUCCUAUGUAACAUGGCAGAUAUCAAGAAUAUUUAUGCAGCGACGGGUGGAGAAACCUGGAUUCCAUUCUAUAAAGGAUCUAACCCUGAAAAUGGAACUCUAGAAUGCAGGUUCCUAAAAAGAGAUGAUACCAAAGACCGUGUGAUUAUACUUUGUAAAGUUCCGAGCGCGGGAUGUGGUUUAUUGUAUUCAGAAUACCGUGGUCGUCUUGAAGUUCUCUUUUCAAACUUCACAAUCCAGUUAAAAAACCUGAGCAAAGAGGAUUCUGGGAGGUACUUUUGCUCAGUGAAAAAACCUUAUUCCGAGCCCAUGACAACAACUUCACAUCUGCACGUGUUGGAUCCUAUUUCUGAUCUUCACGUGACAGCUUCAUUUCAACAUUCAAAUGCUACGGCCCAAUUUCAGUGUUCAUUCAAUGGAGAAUAUGAAAUCAUAACUUGGGUGAAAGAUGGAAUGCCGAUUUCAUCAGAUUGCAGCCAUGAAGACAUUAGGUUUCUUAGUAUCAACAAAGCGGAUAGAUCAGACUGUGGAUAUUAUAGCUGCAUUGUGCAUACACAUAUUGGAUCUUUCGAAAAUGGAACAGAAUUCAAGAUACCUUCAUCUGACUUGAAGGCAUAUGUACUUGGACUUUCCAUCUUCAGUGUUACAGAGGACAUUAUGUCCUUUUUCAUCAUUGUAUUAGCUUACAUUUUGUCAAGAGGAACUCAAUCCACUGGGCAGUUCAACCCAAACCUAAAAGAUAGUCCAAUAGGGCCAGCAGUGAAGUAUGCAGAGAUAGAGGUGGUGUACUGGUUUCAGAAUUAUAGAGUCCAUCAAAAACUUCACCAGUGGCCACUGAAAUUAGAUCACUUAUUGGCCUCCUUCCCAACAAUUUGA